AUGUGCAAUGGCAUGGGAGAGAGUUUUGAGUUCGCAAAAGACCACACUAAAAUUCCCAUCGAGCCUCCUUUUAAAUAUCAGUUUUGGGAGGUUGGGCAACGGUCGAGGAAUUUGAGUCAAUGGAUUACCACUCUGGAUAGCCAAUGGGGAUCUAAACUAUCCAAGCAAGACAAGCAUUUACUCGUUCAUGCUAUUGAGGAGACUGCCGUCUCUCUCUUUCCCUUCCUUCAACCACCGGAUACGAAGCAAGACAGCACGGCGCCCCUGAGUGCCUUACGAGACUCCUACACCAAAGGCUCAAAAGGGAUUGUAAUCUCCGCUGGAGGGAGUGAUUCAUCAGUGAGAUUUGCAGGACACUUGAUUGCUUCCAUCAGAGGUGUUCUUGGCUGCACACUGCCUAUCCAAGUCGCCUACGCCGGGGAAAACGACCUACCGAAGCACCGUCGCGACGCCCUCUCAUCGCUCGAUAAAACACACAAUACAGAGUUUUUGGAUGUAUGGGCUUUUUUUGACGAUGCCGCUUUGCAGUUGCGAAGGGGGGGCUGGGCCAUUAAGCCAUUUGCAGCUCUAGCAUCUAGAUUUGAGCAAGUCAUUGUACUCGAUGCCGAUGCCGUGUUUCUACAGUCUCCCGACGUGCUCUUUGAACAGCGUGCCUACGUCAACAAUGGGGCCUACUUGUUUCACGACCGGCUGUUGUGGCAACAUGCGUUCCAAGACAGACACAAGUGGUGGAAAGAGCAGAUCAAGGAGCCAUCGCCGGCGAUGAAUAAGUCUCUAGUCUGGACUAAAGACUACGCAGAAGAAUGUGACUCGGGAGUCGUCGUUCUCAACAAAUCCCGGCCUGAGGUUUUGGUAGGCUUGCUUCAUAUAGCUUGGCAAAACACGUACGACGUCCGAGAGGAAGUCUCGUACAAGAUUACGUAUGGAGACAAAGAGACGUGGUGGCUUGGGUUGGAGCUUGCUGGAUCGAGCUAUGAAUUCGAGAAGCACUACGGAUCGAUUGUUGGAUGGGGAAAGGAAGACGACAUGGAGAACAAGACUGUGUGUAGCUUUGUUAUUGCCCAUACGGACGAAGAGGACAAGCUGCUUUGGUAUAACGGCAGUCUACUCAAGAACAAGCUGGUGGAUCCGCACAACUACGAAGUUCCGAUAUUCUGGAUGAUGGAUGGGAAAUGGGAAAAGGGUGGGAAAAAGGACAUGAGCUGCAUGGUGGAUGAACGAGCUUGGUGGUUGAAUGGUGAUGAGAUUUCAGUGUUGCAACACAGUAUUGAACUGGCCGUUCAAGUCGAUGAGCUGUUGGGGCUGGGUGAGCAGAAUUAAGAGUAUAUUGCAUUGGUCAAGGUAUUGUCAUAAU